UGUCCCAACAAACGGGCAGCCCCAAAAAAGGACACUGUGCGCACAUGGUUGGAGCAACGGUCACCUCGGGCAGCCAGCUCGUAACCCCCUAAAUUUUCUUUUGUCCCCAUCACCUAUAUAAUUCCCAUUUUAUGCCACCCUAGUAUUGCUUGUCUCAAUUUGCUUCAGCAACAUUUUCCUUCUUUUGUCUCCAUACAUUCAAUCUUCCCCCAUUUGCAACGAAAUUUUCCUAGGAAAAUUUGCUAAGACUAUAUCGACAAUGGAGGCAUUGAGGAUGAGACUGAUUUUCACCGUCAUGAUAGUGCUGAUGGCCUUGUCCGCGCUCCAAAAUGUUGCGGCAACUGAUGCCCCGGCCCCUAGCCCUACCUCAGAUGCCACUGCCUUCGUGCCAACAUUGGUUACUUCCCUUCUUGCUCUCGCAUUUGGCCUUCUUUUCUAAAAUGGUGUCAUUGAUGGGUUACAUUAUAUUUUAUCUUCCAUUAUUGGGGUUUAUGUAGAGUUCUUUUGUCUCAAGUUCUCUUCUUUUAUUCUUUCUCUCCAAAGGGUAUAAAACUCUAUAUUAGUGAAUUAUAGGAAGAGAAAGAAAGAAAGAAAGAAACGCUUGAGGAUUUUUUGGUUGGGAUUUCGCUUUUUACGUAUUUUUUCUCCUUGUGACUAUUGGUCAUGAUUUCAUACUUUUCUUAUUGUUUUCAUUUUAAUGUAUAAUUGAUGUGAUUUGUUUG